AUGGAAAUUUGGUUGCCCGAAGACUGGUCUGGUCGCUUCCUUAGUACCGGCAACGGCGGUUUGGGCGGCUGCAUUCAAUAUGAAGACAUUGAAUACGCAGCGUCAUUGGGAUUUGCUGCUGUCGGGACGAAUAAUGGACACGACGGAAUGAGCGGCCGGUCGUUCCUCAACAACCCUGAAGUCAUUGAGGACUUUGCGUAUCGAGCGCUGCACACGGGAGUCGUCCUCGGUAAAAGAAUCAGUAAAAUAUUCUACGGCAAGCCGCAUACGAAAAGCUACUAUCUUGGCUGCUCAACAGGAGGUCGUCAAGGAUUCAAGGAAGUUCAGUCAUUUCCAGAAGAUUUUGACGGAGUUGUUGCUGGAGCCCCCGCGUUUUCUUUCAACAAUCUUACUGCGUGGAGCUGUAACUUUCUCCCGCUGACCGGGCCCGUUGGUGCGGACACGUUCAUACCUUUUGAAAUGUGGCCUACGAUCCAUCAGGAUAUCCUGGAUCAGUGUGAUACGCUGGAUGGUGCGAAAGAUGGAAUACUCGAGUCUCCUGACCUAUGCGAUUACAACCCUGACGGUCACCUUUGCCACAAUGCACCGACGAACAGUUGCCUCACGGCACCACAGAUACAAACCCUCCGCAGCAUCUAUUCGCCUUUGCUCAGCAUUGAUGGCAGUCUUGUAUAUCCUCGCUUACAACCUGGAGCAGAGCUGACUGGCGCACCGCAAACCUACUUCACAGGUCAGCCGUUCAUGGCCAUAGACUGGUUCCGCUACGCCAUAUUCAAUGAUCCUACGUGGGAUCCAUUUAGUCUCACACCGGAAGACUAUGUGAUAUCGUCCAACAAGAACUUGUUCAAUAUCGAGACAUGGGACGGUGACCUGUCGGCAUUCAAAGAUAGGGGCGGAAAGGUGCUGCACUACCACGGUCUGGCGGAUGGGGUCAUCUCAAGCGACAACUCGCCCAGAUACUACGAACACGUAUCCCAGACAAUGGGAUUGUCACCUCCUGAACUAGACGAGUUCUACCGUUUCUUCCGCAUCUCGGGUAUGGCUCAUUGUGGGGGAGGUCCGGGUGCAACGUUCAUCGGGAAUACUGCUCACAACACCGCGAGUCUGGAGCCGGAUGAAAAUGUACUAUCAGCAAUGGUGCGUUGGGUGGAGGAAGGCAUAGCUCCCAAUACGAUACAAGGGACGGCCUAUAUAAAUGGUACAAAAAAUGCCGGAUUCGACUUUAAGCGUCGGCAUUGUCGAUGGCCUUACCACAAUAUGUUCAAAGGACCUGGGAAUUGGAAAGAUGAAAAUAAUUGGGAAUGUCUAUAA